UGCCGCUGGCUCUCACGUGCCGGCCGCCCGCCCCGUCCCCUUAGCCCCUCGCCUCGCUCGGGGAGGGACGUGACCACCCGGUGCCUGCUUUCCACCCCGGCAGCCGCCGCCGCCGGCCCGGCCCGCCCGUGACGUCACCCGCUAGCCCCGCCUCCUCGAGGGUCCCGGGCCCUGGCGGCGGGGGCUGCCCCCGGGAGUCGGUUGAGGCGGCGGGAGCUCGGCGGAGGGGCGGGCCCGGUGACUGGUCCGGGCCAUGCCGAGGAAGAAGCCCUUCAGCGUGAAGCAGAAGAAGAAGCAGCUGCAGGACAAGCGCGAACGGAAGCGAGGACUUCAAGAUGGGCUGCGCUCCAGCUCCAACAGCCGCAGCGGGAGCCGGGAGCGGCGGGAGGAGCAGACCGACACCUCGGACGGGGAGCCUGUGACCCAUCACAUCCGCAGGCUUAAUCAGCAGCCUUCCCAGGGCCUGGGUCCGCGGGGCUACGACCCGAAUCGAUACCGGCUGCAUUUCGAGCGGGACAGCAGGGAGGAGGUGGAGAAGAGGAAGAGAGCAGCCCGGGAGCAGGUGCUGCAGCCGGUCAGCGCCGAGCUGCUGGAGCUCGACAUCCGGGAGGUCUACCAGCCCGGCUCAGUGCUGGACUUCCCCCGCCGCCCGCCUUGGAGCUAUGAGAUGUCCAAGGAGCAACUGAUGAGCCAGGAGGAGCGGAGCUUCCAGGAGUACCUUGGGAAGAUCCACGGGGCGUUCACCUCAGAGAAACUCAGCUACUUUGAGCACAAUCUGGAGACUUGGAGACAGCUGUGGCGAGUGUUAGAGAUGUCCGACAUUGUCCUGCUUAUCACUGAUAUCCGACAUCCAGUUGUAAACUUCCCGCCAGCACUUUACGAGUAUGUGACUGGAGAGCUUGGACUCGCCUUGGUGCUGGUCCUGAACAAGGUGGAUCUGGCCCCGCCAGCCCUCGUGGUGGCCUGGAAGCACUACUUCCACCAGCACUACCCCCAGCUCCACAUCGUCCUCUUCACCUCUUUCCCACGGGACCCCCGCACCCCACAGGACUCCAGUAGUGUCUUGAAGAAGAAUCGGAGGCGGGGGAGAGGAUGGACUCGGGCUCUGGGGCCUGAGCAGCUGCUGAGAGCCUGUGAAGCCAUCACUGCUGGGAAAGUGGACUUGAGCAGCUGGCGGGAGAAGAUCGCCCGGGAUGUAGCUGGGGCCACCUGGGGCAACGGCUCCGGGGAAGAGGAAGAAGAGGAGGAUGGGCCAGCAGUCCUGGUGGAGCAGCAGACUGACUCAGCGAUGGAGCCCACGGGCCCAACCCGGGAGCGCUACAAGGACGGGGUGGUGACCAUUGGCUGUGUGGGUUUCCCCAACGUGGGCAAGUCCUCGCUCAUCAACGGGCUGGUGGGGCGCAAGGUGGUGAGCGUCUCCAGGACCCCUGGGCACACGCGGUACUUCCAGACCUACUUCCUCACCCCGUCCGUGAAGCUCUGCGACUGCCCUGGCCUGAUCUUCCCCUCCCUUCUGCCCAGGCAGCUGCAGGUCCUGGCAGGGAUCUACCCCAUCGCCCAGAUCCAGGAGCCCUACACGGCCGUGGGCUACCUGGCCUCCCGCAUCCCCGUGCAGGCCCUGCUGCACCUGCGCCACCCGGAGGCCAACGACCCCUCAGCAGAACACCCCUGGUGUGCCUGGGACAUCUGCGAAGCCUGGGCAGAGAAACGCGGUUACAAGACAGCCAAGGCAGCCCGCAACGACGUGUACAGAGCGGCCAACAGCCUCCUGCGGCUGGCGGUGGACGGCCGCCUCAGCCUGUGUUUCCACCCGCCGGGCUACAGCGAACAGAAAGGCACCUGGGAGUCUCAUCCAGAGACCACGGAGCUGGUGGUUUUACAGGGCAGGGUGGGGCCAGCAGGUGACGAGGAGGAGGAGGAAGAGGAAGAGCUGAGCAGUUCCUGUGAGGAGGAGGGAGAGGAGGACCGGGAUGCGGAUGAGGAGGGAGAAGGGGAGGAGGACACCCCAGGCUCAGCUCCAGGGUCCAGCCUGGCCGCCCGAAACCCUUAUGCCCUGCUGGGUGAGGACGAGUGCUGAGUCCCCGCCCAUGGCCAUCUUCCCACCCACUGUCUCUGCUUUUGGACUGACCCAGGGGUAUCAUCCCUCCGCCACCCCAGUUGUGAAUAAAGAUUGUCUGCUUUGUAGCCCCUUCCCCAGAUGAACUGAGGUGAGAGCGCUGCUUCAGGCUGAGCUGCGGGGGCCUGUCUCCUCCGCCCUUCUUUCCAUAUACUCUCUUUGCAGUUAACUCAGCGAGUUCUUAGGCCCUGAAGCCUGCCUCCUGCCUGCUCUCCCACCAUGCAACUUAGGAAUCCCAUCAUGCACAUGGGGCGGGGCGGUCCAAAUCCAGGCCUCUUGGAGUUGGUGUGGGUCCCUCUGACCGGAGCAGCAGCCCUGCGCGCCCCCUGCUGCCUGACCUGGGUUAUACCAGGAGCUUCUGGGAGAAGGUUCCCAGACUGAUGCCUUCAAGGAAGAUUUUUACAGGAAUUUUUCAAAUCCAACAAAUGUUUCUCGAGGGUCUGCCACGUGUGCUGACCCGGAUUAAGUGCUGAUCCUAGAAAGGUGCACACACAGGGACCUGACCGAAAUUCGCAGCCCGGCUGCGAUGCAGAUCCCAUCCUGUGAUGGCCGAGCAUUCGGGUUAGCAAGGGCAUUCAGUGUUCUCCAAAUCCUGGGCUUUCAACUGCUGUGAUUCUUCCUUUUGGUAGAAAUCUUUAGAAGACUCGGCAACUGAAAGUCUAUGCAAGACUUGAGAGAGGGCACAGAACCAGCCUCCCGAGUCCCGGGGAGCACUGGUUUAGGGGCUGUGCUGGGAGGCAGCAGGUGGUCAGGGCCACCAUGGUGUGUGGGAUCCAAGUUUCAGCAGCAGCCAUCUCUGGUGAGUCAGGGCUUACGUGUGACUGCAUUCUCUGUAGUUGACCCCAACAGCGAGAGUUACGUCUUGGAGAACAGGGAGGAUGGGCUUUGCUUUGUGGGCUGCUGCAGUGUGGCUGGGCUGGAUGGCAGCGAAAUGGGCAGUUUGCCAGGGUGACCAUUAGCUGUCAGGAUGAGAAGAGGGAGCACCAGAUUGCUUCUCCUCGGUCACCACAUCCCCAUUCGGGCCCCGCGUCACUGGGCAGUUGCUCUAACGGCCAGCAGAGACCCUGUCACCCAAGGAAGCAAAGAAAAGUCAUUUAGAAGCGACUGCACAUCCCUUCAAAGCCCACACCCUCCCUGGUCCUAGCGGGACAAACGUGCUGACAUGUGUGUUCCCGUGCAAGGUUGACAUACCCAGAGCGUGUGAAUGUGCUUGCAGUCGGCCCAGAGUGCACUGGAAAAGGGAAAUCUCCCAGCUGGGAGAGCUGCCACCUGUCUCAUCAGGGGCUCGGUAGCUCCACAGAUGGCUCUUCUGAUGGAGGAAGGGGGAGCCCUAGGCUGUUCCCUGGAGGGUUCCUGAUGGUCAGGGAUGCUCGGGGGGCUUCUCCACUGCAGGAGGUGGGGCAGGGGCGUUGGAUCCAUUUCCUUAAGAGGAAGAAAAGUCAGUGCUGUUGGUAGCCCUGCUGCUUUCCCUGUGUUGCUGGUCUGGGGCACCUACAUCAGCACUGAUGAGUGAGGGGGCCCUAGCGGAACAGAGGUGCAAGCUGAGGCCUGAAGACCCUUUAACCAGACGUGGGGCAGACAGAGGUGCAAAGCUGGGGAACGGUGAGGCUGGAGAGGUAGGGCUUGGUCCAGCUGCUGCUGGGCCCUGGCAGCCAGUGGGAGGUGUCAGCUUCAGGAGAGGACCUCUGAAGACCGUUAAGCCCUGGACCAAAAGAGAACCGUGCCUUGGAGAGAGCCCCGAGGCUGGAGCGUGGGAAGUGCUGUAGACGGGAGAGAUCAGAGUGAAGGGAAUGGGAGCCAGAGAGGGGGUGGUGGCACAUGGGAAGAAAGGGACUGGAUUUCUGUGGGGCGCUCAGGGGCCAGCGUGGAGGGGCCUUGGGGUUCUUUGGCCGUGUGGUGAGGGGAGAGGCGCGCGCCAAGAGUGCACGUGGGGCCUCUGAGUUGGCAGCUGAGUAGGUGAUGGGGUUUGGGGAAGAAGGGGCCUCCCUGGAGACCGAUCUGGGCAUGGGCAGGGAGGAGGACGCGGGUGAGGGCAUCCAAGGUGCGCAGCAUGAGAGGAGAAGGCUGAGGAAGCGCGGGCACGUGUGAGCGAGCCGGGAGAGAAGUAGCUAGGCAGUUCCCUUGGAGAGGUGAGCUCGCGGGCCCGGGUGUCGGAGGCGUGGCGGCGGCGGAGGUGGGGAGAGCAUUGCCAAGAAGCUUGGCUGUGGUUGCAACGAAGGAGAGGUGGAGGGAGUUGAGGCUUGCCCGUGUCUGGAGCGUUUUGCUCAGGUGUUAGGAAGCAGGAGCAGGCGCAGGGGGUGGGCUGAGCGCGCAGGCAGCGGGCGUUGGCGGUGGGGAGCUGGGAGGGUCCUGGGGCGGGGACCACCCUCAGGCGGGAGCCCUUGGCUCCAGGUCACCUCCCAAGAAACUGCGCUGACAUUCAGCCGGCUCGCACUGGUAGUCGUUAAAACACUUCUGUACCAGUUAGUGAGUAGUACAAGAGUAACUGCGGUAAGCAGUAAAAGUAAUUCUAAUACGAACACAUCGGUUGGCAACAGCCAUUGGAAAAUGGGCUUCCCCCGGCACCCAGGAAGCUUUGCAGCGCCAUCUGCCGGUGAGGAAGCACCACUGCAGGCCGAGAGGCUGCUUUGCACCUUUACUAAACACUGCAAAAUUGCCUGCUCAGAUUACCUUCGGGCUAUGGAGUUGCUACUGUUUCUGGAUAGUUUAGCUUCUACCUUGACUUUAUUGUUAGUGCAUCGUCGCUCUUGUGUCGGAAGCAAGUUUCCGUGUUUUACUAUUUACAAAUUCUAGAAUUUUUAAUAAAAUGUUAAAGCCAAACUUGAAUGAAGAG